AUGGAUCAAGCAGUAGAACAACUUGUGCAUCGAUUUAAUCAAGUCCACUCGGACAAGCAAGAACAAGAAAAGUUUGCCAAGCAAAUGAAUGAUUUUCUGAAAUUGUUCAACCGUUUUGUUGCUUCACAAAAGAAUCAAGCCCAGAUUAAUUGGGAUCGUAUUAGAGCACCUACUGAAGAUCAUUUGAAGGAUUAUGAACAGUUGACCAGCGAUUUGAAUCAUUCCGCAAUCAAGAAUAUUCUCAACAAGCUUGUGGUAGUCAAACUGAAUGGUGGCUUGGGAACCACUAUGGGAUGCACCGGACCAAAGUCUGUCAUUGGUGUUCGAGGCGAUGACACUUUCUUGGAUUUAACCAUCAAACAAAUUCAGUAUUUGAACAACAAGUAUGAUGUAGAUGUGCCACUCGUGUUGAUGAACUCAUUUAACACUUCUGAAGACACAGCAAAAAUCAUUAAUGACCCUAAAUAUGCCAAUAUUAAUGUCACAAUUGAGUGCUUUGAACAAAACCAAUUUCCAAGAAUCAUCAAGGAAAAGUUGCUUCCAUUCCCUGAUGACAUUCCAAAUGAGAAGAACAAGGAGGCUUGGUAUCCUCCUGGACACGGAGAUUUCUACAGCUCAUUCUUUGAGUCACCACUGUACAGCAAAUAUAAGAAUGCAGGAAAAGAAUAUGUUUUCUUGUCGAAUAUUGACAAUUUGGGAGCAACUGUAGAUUUAAAGAUUUUAAAUUAUUUGAUUAACAACAAGACUGACUUUUGCAUGGAAGUGACAAAGAAAACAUUGGCCGAUGUGAAAGGAGGAACCCUCAUCAAUUAUGAAGGAGAAGGCGUUAAACUUCUCGAACUCGCUCAAGUUCCAAAAGAGCAUGUCAAAGAUUUUGAAUCAAUUGAAAAGUUCAAAAUUUUUAACACUAACAAUUUGUGGAUUCGCCUUUCUUCUAUCGAAACUCAAUUGGAAGAGCUUAAACAAAGAGUUGAAAUAAUCAAUAACGAAAAAGAAGUUGAUGGAGUGAAAGUCAUUCAAUUAGAAACAGCUGCUGGAGCUGCAAUUCAAGUAUUCAAAAAGUCCAUUGGUGUCGAUGUACCAAGAUCUAGAUUCUUGCCAGUGAAGAAAUGCUCUGAUCUGCUCUUGGUGCAAUCCAACUUGUACAAUCUUGGCGAUGACUAUUGUUUGGUCAAGAGCACGACUGAAGAAGCCCCAAUCAUUAAUCUUGACGACAAAUUUUACAAGAAGGUUGGAGAUUAUCUCGCAAGAUUCAAGAAUGGAGUUCCAAAUAUUGUGGAUUUGAAAGAGUUGAACGUGACUGGAGAUGUUACUUUCGGAAAGAAUGUUGUACUGAAAGGAAAGGUUCAUGUUGUGGCCAAACAAAAGACUCUAGUGCCAGAUGGAAGCGUCAUUUCUGAUGAAACUUAUCGAUAUUCUAAACUUUGA